UGUGUGUGAGUGCUUCUGUAUGAAGGUGUGAGUUUAGAUCUUGGAACUUUACACAGGGAUUCAGAAUGACAGAGCCUACAGUUAACACGACCACGGCUCUGAAAAACAGCUCAUACACAACAGAAGUAUAGAGUUGGGGGUAUCAAACUGAUACAGCUCUGGAAAAAAAAUAAGAGCCCACUGCAGAAUAAUGAGUUUCUUCUGUUUUUUUCUUCCAGGUUCAUGUAUUGCCUCCCGUCCAGACUGGUUGUUGUAUGUGGUUCCUUCCAUUGCCUUUGUUUUUGGAUUGUGGCUGUUUUCAAAGAUCUACAGAAGACAGCGUCGCAGAGAGCAGGCACUUCUGCAAGUCGCUGCGCUGAAGAAGGUCAUGAACACAACCUCCACAGGACAACACACUUACACAAGGUACACAAGUCAAAGACCCACCAAAGCAGAGAAAAAGGACUCAAGCAGACUGCAGAACUCCAGCGAAACUCCAGGAAAUCUUAAAAAACAGGAGGCCCAGUCUUAUGAGAACGUCACAGCUGUAAUCUACAGUAAUGAGGAUAAAAUCAACUACUGCGUCCAUCAGGAUGAUGAUUACAUUACUCCUGAUGCAGAUACAGACGAAGUGACAGAAACCGAAAAAUCCAUCUACCUUCAACCGCUUCAGAACUUUUUAGACACCGAUGGAGAGUCGUACGAAAACAUGGAAGGGAGUGUGUAUGCUCAUCCUCGCCAACCCAUAAAAAAGAAUGCACUCAGUGUUGAAGAUGACGAUUAUAUUAAUCCUGAUGGAGAGAACAAACACAACCUCGAACAUACGGACACAGAGUCUUAUGAGAACAUGGCUGGUUUGGCAUGUCCCAACACCAACACACAGACUGUGGAUGAAGGUUGCUAUGAAUGCAUGGACAGAAAACAAAUACAGAGUUAAAACAUGGACUGUACUGAGAUGAUCACGGAUAUAAAUAUCAGUGCCUUCAGGAACCUGGGGUGUAAACAGAGAGAAGGCUGAUGAGCAGAAGUCCAGAUGUUACAACAACCUCACAAUCUCCUUAAUGAGAAAGUGUAUGAAGAGAAACGCUGCCCUCUACUGGCAGGAUGUAAGAUGAAUAAAGUUUUCAGAAUAGAGUUAGUUAGAAGAAUCUCUGCAGGAGCUUCUUUUUAAACCCUGCUAUAAUUCUGUGAAAUAUCAUUUCUCUGUUUUAUGACUUGUGAUUAAUAAAAAUGGAUUACUUGUUAUUUCA